CCGGUUAAAACCCGACUGGGAGGUUUUGCUAAGUAGAUAGGCCUAGGCUUCUGGAGAAAACAACCUAGACAAAGAGUCAGCUGCAUUCUUCUAUCCAGUCACAGCCCACUGCCUGGUCAGCAAUGUUAGUGUAGAGAGAGAGAGAGAGAGCGGUGGUCAGUUAUUGUCCUAGUCCAUUGUCAGGAGACAAGAGACCAGGAGUAUUGUCACCAUGGGGGAGAUGUCAACAAGUUUCCUUCAUAUAGGAGAUAUCAUAUCUCUGUAUGCUGAGGGCACUGUCAGUGGAUUCAUAAGUACACUGGGGUUGGUAGAUGACAGGACAGUGGUUCAACCCGAGGCAGGGGACCUCACCAACCCACCCAAGAAAUUCAGAGAUUGCCUGUUUCGUAUCUGCCCUAUGAACAGGUACUCUGCACAGAAACAGUUUUGGAAAGCCUCCAAACAGACUUCCCACCAAACCAGUGUCACUGACGCCGUGCUGCUGAAGAAAUUACAUCAUGCAGCAGAAUUGGAGAAAAAACAGAAUGAAAUUGAAAACAAGAAACUGUUGGGCAACAUUGCUCAGUAUGGCAGUGUUGUACAGUUGCUCCACCUUAAAAGCAACAAGUACCUGACAGUGAACAAGCGUCUGCCUGCGUUACUGGAGAAGAAUGCCAUGAGGGUCACACUGGACAACUCAGGAAAUGAGGGAUCUUGGUUUUAUAUAGUUCCCUUCUACAAACUCCGUUCGUCAGGAGACAAUGUUGUAGUGGGAGACAAGGUGGUCCUGAACCCAGUGAAUGCCGGCCAACCCCUGCAUGCCAGUAACUAUGACCUGCCUGACAACCCUGGCUGUAAGGAGGUCAACUCUGUCAACUGUAACACCAGCUGGAAGAUUGUCCUCUUCAUGGACUAUAGGGAGAACCAGGAAGAUGUGCUGAAAGGGGAUGAACCAGGAAGAUGUGCUGAAAAGGGUAAGUAUGGAGAGCUAGUCCUCUUCAUGGACUGUAGGAUGAACCAGAAAGAUGUGCUGAAAGGGGUAAGUAUGGAGAGCUAG